AAGAGUGUUUUUUAUGAGACAAAAGUAAAACUAAAGUGGUAUAUUUUAAUGCAUAGAGUUUCACAUCGGACGGCAAAUAAGCUUUUGUUGCUUUGUGACAAAUGGAGGGUCCUUAGCUCUCUUUCUCUCUCUCUCAAAAAACGAAACCAGGAAAAAAGAAGGGAAAUACUUUCUCGUCUUAGUUAUUGCUUCUGAGUAGAAAUCAUAUCAGAAAAUCCGUAAACAAAAUUUAAUUUGUUUGAUUUUGAUCCUCUUCUUCAGCUUCUGAUCCACCAAUCCAAUCAGCAGGCUGUGACUUUUUUUUUUUUUUAAAUCUGAUGUCUCCGCUACUUGGCGUGGAGGAGGAAGGGGUUCAGAGCAAUGUAACUUUACUGGGUUCUUCAGGCUCAAUGGACAGUGUGUGCCAGAAUAGUGCUGAAUUGAAGGAGCAAUACAUGGGCUUGUCUGAUUGUUCUUCCGUGGAUAGCUCUGUCGCCUCCCCUGUGUCUGAGGAAAGCAAGGGUAAUUUGAAUCUGAAGGCAACUGAGCUUAGGCUUGGGCUUCCUGGAUCUCAGUCGCCUAAAAGAAAUCCAGAGCUUUGCUUGUUAAGCUCUCCUCAACUCGAUGAGAAACCCCUUUUUCCUUUACAUCCUUCUACUGAUGGUCACUGCUUUGCAUCACAAAAGACUGUUGUUUCAGGCAACAAAAGAGGGUUCUCUGAUGCAAUGGAUGGGUUCUCAGAGGGUAAAUUUCUUUCUAAUUCGAAAGUAGAUGUGAUGCUGUCACCCAGGCCUUCUUCGAACUUGGGGCUGAAACCAGGUUCCGUGCUUGAGAACCUUGGGGCUCAACCCACAAAAGUCAAAGAGAUAAUGAACCAGAAGGUGGUACAGGACAGGCCUCAUGCUGCCAAUGAGACCAGGGCCAAUCCUAAUGCAUCUGCUAACAAUAACAGUGGUGCACCUGCUACCAAGGCACAGGUUGUCGGUUGGCCUCCUAUUAGAUCAUUUAGGAAGAACUCUUUGGCCACCACUUCAAAGAACACUGAUGAAGUAGAUGGAAAGGCAGGGGCUGGUGCUCUGUUUGUUAAGGUCAGCAUGGAUGGUGCUCCUUAUUUGAGGAAAGUAGACUUGAAAAACUACUCUAAAUAUCAGGAGCUCUCUUCUGACCUUGAGAAGAUGUUUAGCUGUUUUACAAUAGGUCAGUAUGGAUCUCAUGGAACCCUGGGCAGGGAGCUGCUAAGUGAAAGCAAGCUGAAGGAUCUACUACAUGGAUCAGAGUAUGUUCUUACUUACGAGGAUAAAGAUGGUGACUGGAUGCUUGUGGGUGAUCCAUGGGAGAUGUUUAUUGAUACCUGCAAAAGGCUGAGGAUCAUGAAAAGCUCUGAUGCCAUUGGACUCGCCCCAAGGGCCGUGGAAAAAUGCAGGAACCGGAACUAGCAAGCAUCACACAUGAUUAUUGCUAUCCAUCCAGCAGCCUUUCUGGAGAAGAUGUAGAAUCAUUCAAGAUUCUUUCUGAAGGGAUGAGAGGAUGUUGGAGUGGGUAGAGGAGAUCAUGGGUAUCUGCUUUCCUAUGUUGCCAUGUUUAUCUUCUCUUUGCAAGGGAAUUUAUGUCACGGAAGCCUAUUUUAGUCUAAAAUUAUAAAACCAUCAAGGCCUAGUGUUUGUGAGUAUCUUUAAGAUCCAAUCAGUUUAGAGUCUGGACAAGUCCCUGUUCACACACAGGAUCUUUGUUUGUAAAGUGCAUUGUUUGUUGAAUCUUUAUCGUGUGUGUUUGUAUGGUGGAAGACCUCGACAUUAUCUGUAACCCUGACAUGAUUGUAUUAACUGUGUUGCUGCUUGUGUGUUGAUUCUGCUUAUCCAUUAUUUGCAAGCAUUUUUAGUUA